AGCCUGCCUGAGCUGAAGAGCCGUGCCGGUGCCGACUCCAGGCGGUACACCGAGCCUAACGGCUCAGGAAGGUGAAUAACGGCUUCCCGGAGCCGGUGGGACGUUUCACGGUGACUCGUUAUUUGAGGGUGUGUUUAGAGACAGCGUGAGCGGCUCCGUGUCCCUUAGGCUGUCGGUGUCCUCAUGAUGUAGGCCGGUAAUCCCCGCUGGAGGUCAGAGUGGUGGAAUUUCUACACCUGUAGACAAAACAGCAAGAGAGUCAAAGGCCAAAGCAGGAGGCUUCUGUAAUUCAUGUGCCCCUCAGUCUCUGCUGGGCAAGAUGAGUACAGACCGACCCAAACGGAACAUCAUCAAGAAGAAAUAUGACAUCAGUGACGGGAUGCCGUGGUGUGAAGAACGUCUGGUCCGCAAAGUUCUUUUCCUCUCCCUCAGGGAAUUCAGAGACACACACCGCACCACACACAAACACUCGCACAUACACGAGCGCGCGCACAGGCCCACAGCGAAGAGCGCGCUCGUACGUGCUCCACGAAAGGCUCAGACGCUGUCCAACGCGCACGCACAGAAAAACACACGCACGAGACAGAGCGUCCACGCAUCACAACAAAGAGUCGCACACCGAUCAUCAAACACACACACGCAGAAAAACACACACACUUCACAUAAUAUACCAAUUUCAAAACACAUACACCGACAUGAACACACCAACAAAGGGCAAAAAACAAACUUGUCUCAGGACUCACACGCACCAAAAAACAAAUGUACCUACGCGUUACAGGACACGCAAACACAGUCAAAGAUAUGUACAGGGAAAAUGACACACAGCGCACAGCAAACAGACAUGCAAGAGAAUACACACACGUUCCCGAGGAACUCUGUAUCAACCAGAACGCUGCGUUCACAUAAACCGCAACACAUCGCCACGCUGCCAAACUCCAAAUACACAGAAACUGAAGAACACACACACAACGCUCCGCACAAACACUCAGUGAAAAACACCUGCACAUCGGGAAACACGCAGACGUCGCUGAGCACCUCUGCCCCCGCCAGGACUCUGAGAUCACACGCUCCCACGAGCCUCAGCGGCUCCCUGGUUAAUGGCUUCAGCCGGCGUCCGUCCCUCCUGUCAGCUAGUCCGAGUUGGAGCUGGCCCUUACAGACACGCCCUCCGCAGCGCCGCCCUGCCAGCUUUCAUCGGGACAAGGAUGACCCUGCCAGCAAGAGACCAAGGCUGCAAGCACAGAGGAAGUUUGCCCAGUCCCCUCCCAGCUCACCAGGACCACCGGUGUUGAUUACAUCAGCUCAGAGUAACCACUGCCACAACCUGGCCGUGGUCACCUGUCUGACCAGACGUCGACCCAAGACGGAGGACUUCUUGUCUUUCCUCUGUCUGAGAGGUUCAGCAGCGUUGCCUAGCAACAUGGCCUUCUUAGCAAGUGAACGAGAGAAGAAGCAAGCUGACACUCAGCAUCUUACUUCCUGUCUUUCCACCAAUCACAGGACUGCAGCUUACAGGAAGAACAUGAGCGUGUUCAGUAGAACAACAGUGCAACGGGACUCUCGGUCUCUGAGAGGGAGGUCUGGAGGCUCUGCAGCAGUCAGCUCCUUCUGCCCUCUAACUGCCCGAGCACAGAGCAGGGCGGAGAGAGAGGGGAGAGACGAGGAACAGCGGAGGAGGAGGAGGAGGAGAGAGGGAGCCGAGAGACACCUUCUCAGACCUCGCCAGCUCUCCCUACAGGUUGCCAUGGUGACUGGACUCGCUCAACAAAGAACCUCUUGUGUCAGGUCAGUCCCUCCCUUAAAGUCAAGGGCAGAGGUUGGCAGCAGACGAUCCCCCAGGCCCUGCACAAGGCCUAGCAAUACGUGUAAACCAAGAGGCCACCCCCAAAGCAGACGCCAGGAAACCAACAACAAACACCUCUCCCGGCACAGCAACCACCAGCUGCCUUCCAAACAGCACCUUCCUCUCCAACACCAAACAGUCUCCAACUACUAUAGCAACCCCAAGACCUUCAGUAGUCUCAAGAACUCAGGAAGAAAUUCAAGCAGGACUCCAGCUCAAAUACCAUUGACUAAUGGCUCAGUCAUCAGACAUGUGAGUGAGAACUCUGGAAGCCUGAGGUUGUCCAGAAGGAGGAGAGGCCUCCCACCGGAUACCAGCCCUGCCCCUCUGAAUCGGGUUCCUUUGGACAACAGCUCAUCAAAGAAGUGCAGAACACUGCAGUACAACAAUGAUGAUGUCUCACUGGAGGGUCGCUGCCAUAUCAGUGAGAUCCUACAGAAAGAGGUCAACAGUGAUAAAGAUAUUAGAGAGGAGAAUGUGAGCCAUAUGAGUAAAACCACUGCUAGCCAUGCUGAAGAACUUACACAAGACAGAUGCGGCCCUGUUGGAGAGGUGAGACUUGAGGGGGGCACUUGUACUUGUGAAGACCUACAGGACAAGGUAAAUGAUGGUAGUCUAGAGCCCUCUCAAGAAAAGGUCGACUUUACCAGCGUCAUCACACACCAUGACCUCAGCCCUGUCAGCGAGGUCAUGUGCAGACACGUGAGAGAGAAAAGGCUCCAGAGAAAUCAGCCCACUUCACCCGCAACCCCGACGCCAGUUACCAGGACUGCUGAUUCUAGGACCGUCGCCAGGGCUGCUACCGCGAGGACUACUGUAACUAAAGCUGCUAUCGACUCAGUGACAUCUACAUGUCUACACACUGAUCCACCAAGCAGUUACUCUGCCAAGCACACUGCUAAGGGAACUGACAAAGGUACUAGCAAGGACAUUUCCAAGUGUACUUCACCAGCCAGCAGUUACUCUAACCAUAAUUCCAAAGGUGCUGCAAAAGACUCUUCCAAUGGUACCACAGAGGACUCGACUAAGGACAGUGCACCUGUCAGUAGCUUUUCUAGCACUUCCAAGGGCUCUGCAAAGGGCCUUACCCAGACCAAGUCUACUACCUCAGCCAUUAAGACCAGGACCAGCCCUAGAAUCCUUUUGAAGCGCUAAUUAACACCUAAGCUACAUCUGAAAACAUUCACAGAUUCACCGUUCACUAUAUAAAGAAUUCAUGUUGGGAACAGCUAGAAAAUAUUUAAAACAGCAUUGGAUGCUGUUGAUCAUAGGCUACACAUGAUGAUAGUUGUUGGCUGGUUGGAUAGUGAUGUCGUGAAUAUGGCUUGUUCUCUACAUCUUUCAGUGAUUGUGGGAUGAUGUUAAUAUUAUAUAAGUAAAAUCAAUAAAGUAAAAUAAAUAAGAGGAAGAAACAGACAUGUUGUAUAGUGGACUGUACAGGGAAAGCUCACUGAUUUCUGAUGCUACCCGGCUGUUUCUCAGAUAGUAGCUUGAUAUUUUUGUAUUGUGAUAUUCACAGGAAAAGGCAAUGGUUUUAUCAAAGCACAUACGUUAACCUGAGUCAGUCUGAACAGUUUUCAGUAGCUCACCUAGAGGAGGCUGUUGUCAUGCAUACAGCUUUAUGCCUUUGCCCUGGUGCUUUUUGGCAGGUCUUUGGCAGUCAGGUUGAAAUACAGUCCUUACAGUCAACCUACCUACAACCAUUUAAUUCAAACAGGAAUCAUCAGUCGUCCAGAUCAGUAACAUUGAAGUCCAGAAUUUAAGGAUAGGUUCAUAUGUUUUUCAAGUUGGUCUUAAAACAAUAGUCAAACACUUAAACCAAUCAGGCAUAACAUUAUGACCACCUGCCUAAUAUUGUGUUGGUCCCCCUUUUGCUGCCAAAACAGCAAUGACUCUUCGAGGCAUGGACUCCACUAGACCCCUGAAGGUGUGCUGUGGUAUCUGGCACCAAGAUGUUAGCAGCAGAUCCUUUAAGACCUGUAAGUUGCGAGGUGGGGCAACAAUGCUUAGGUAGGUGGUAUGUGUCAAAGUAACAGCCACAUGGAUGGCAGGACCCAAGGUUUCCCAGCAGAACAUUGCCCAAAGCAUCACGCUGCCUCCAUCGGCUUGCCCUCUUCCCACAGUGCAUACUGGUGCCAUGUGUUCCCCAGGUAAGCGUUGCACACGCACCCAGCCAUCCACGUGAUGUAAAAGAAAAGGUGAUUCGUCAGGCCCCCAGCCCACCUUCUUCCAUUGCUCCAUGGUCCAGUUCUGAUGCUCAUGUGCCCAUUGCUGGCGCUUUUGGCGGAUCACAGGGGGUCAGCGUGGGCACCCUGACUGGUCUGCAGCUGUGCAGCCCCAUACACAACAAACUGCGAUGCACUGUGUAUUCUGACACCUCUCUAUCAGAACCAGCAUUAACUUAUUCAGCAUUUUUGAGCAACAGUAGCUCGUCUGUUGGAUCGGACCACAUGGGCCAGCCUUCUCUCCCCACCUGCGUCAGUGAGCCUUGGCUGCCCAUGACCCUGUCACCGGUUCACCAUUGUCUCUUCUUUGGACCACUUUUGAUAAAUACUGACCACUGCAGACCGGGAACACCCCGUAAGAGCUGCAGUUUUGGAGAUGCUCUGACCCAGUCCUCUAACCCAUCACAAUUUGGCCCUUGUCAAACUCGCUCAAAUCCUUACUCUUGCCCAUUUUUCCUGCUUCUAACAUCAACUUUGAGGACAAAAUGUUCACCUGCUGCAUAAUAUGUCCCACCCACUGACAGGUUGCCAUGACAAAGAGAUAAUCAGUGUAUCAUUAUUAAUCAUAAUGUUAUGCCUGAUCGGUACAUAUGGGCAAUGAAACAGGUUUUACUUGGAGUAAUCAUUCCUCUCAUUCAUACUGUCAUCAUCCAGUUUCAGUGUAAGUGAUGGAGGACAAAAUCCCCGCUUCUGUGCAAAAUACCUGUGUCUAACUCUGUGUAUGUGACUGCUGACGCCUCAUUUUAACUUCAUGUAAACGUUGGAAUGUAUUCUCGUACUCAACAAAGAGGCAAGAUGUUUAUGUAAUUGAGAUGAAGAAAGAUCCUUUUAUUAAUAACCAGUGUGAACAGGAGGAAUGAUUACAGCAAGCAAACCCUGUGUCAGCGUUCAUGGGCGUAUGAGUACUGUUUUGAGGCUGAAAAAAAAAAAAGUGAACCUGUCGAUGCAGCACAUCGAUGGACACCUCUGCCCGUCCUAUCCACAGCCACCAGAACCAGCUGUGUAAAACCAGCUGCACAGUCACCAGCCCAACUGUCUUCACCAGCCUAUGUAAUGUCAGGGGGACCUCCCAGUCUGGUCUCUGUAACGGACAGAAAUGGUUUUCAAGAAGGUUACAUGUGAAACAUACAAGUAUAAAACUGUUCACUGCUCAUUACCUCCACCAAGGAGGUUAUGUUUUCACCCAUGUCUGUCUGUUUGUUUGUCAGCAGGAUCACGGUGGAGGGAUGGGGCCUGGGCCAGGGAUGAACCCAGUACAUUUGGGUGAGAAUCCAGUUAAAGGGGCAGAUCCUGAAUUAAAAAAAAAAAAAUCAUUUUCUUUAACAUUGUGAGAUCAGACAUUUUUCGUCUUGGUGGAGGUGGAGGUGUACGCUGGGUGCCACUUACUGACAUGUGACAUGCUUAUUUCUGAGUCUGUGUGGAUUGAUACAUUUGUAGAUAUAGAAGCAUAUUAUGUGUUUUAUGAGGCAACUGAAUGAGGCAUAUAAAUCAACAAUUAUGGUUUGACCUUCACUGUUAACAUGGCCAUCAUAGGAUAAAAUAGCCCUAGAUAUUGUGGAUUUUCCUGAAAUGUCAAAAGGUAUUAGGAUCACAGGGUUAUAGGGUCAGGUGCUAUUAGCUUGCUCAUAAGCUUAUUUUGGGGAAUUUGAGUAGAAGAGUGGUAAAACUGUAUGACUGUAUUAAAUAAAAUGAGUCAGCACAUGAAUUCAUGUUGCACAUUUGCUCCCAGUAAACACCCCAAUGUGUAUGAGUUUUUUAAAAACCCACAGUGGGAGACAGCAGAGGACACUGCUGCCUUUUCUCUGCUCUUUAUCAAACAUCAACACAAUCAUUCUGAAGCUGCUGUAAUCCCAUAUUUCCACACACAGGGGCUUUAAAUGAGUGAGUGACAAAUGCGUUUGUAAAUGAGUUAUUUAUACUUUGUCCAUCCUUCUUUCUGUUUGACAUAUUUUAUCACCGGUCAGUGUGUUCAUUUAUGGCCGACACAUGUUAAACUAAGUUCUGAAUAAAGGCAUGAGUCAGUUUCAUAUCAUGAUGACCCACCUCAGCUGUGGAACUAUAAUAAAACAUAUACUAUUAUAGAGGAAACACGUUACGUGGUAUUUAUGCUUUAUGAAUAGAUGAAAGCUCUUCCACUGACCCAUCGUGGUGGUCUUCCACAAAGCAUAAAGCUCUUUUUUUUUUACUGCAGUUCUUAUGACGUGAAACCACCAAAUGUUAACAUGGCAAAUGCUUCCUUUUCAAACUGAACAAACGUGUUGUUCAGUAUCUGCAGUUUCCUCCUGACUGGUGUUUUGAAGAAGUUUUCCCAUCUCUCCCAUUUCAGAUGUUUAAUGCUUUCUGCUAUGCAAAGUACCAUCUGUCAACGCCCCAUUGAUCAUAAAUGAUAGAGCCGGCUUUCAAGGUGUAACCUAUAAACUAUGAACAGGGAAAUCAGUGCAGACAGUCUGUCUUCCCGAUUCAGGAUUUACACUGUAUACCACUUGUGAUCACUAAUUCUCUCUCACAUAUUCCAACAAGGGGAUGUUUCAUUAUGUAUCCUUACAUCUUGUGUGGGUGGAGCUACACGUAAAAAUGAGCUUCACCAAUUUUUUUUUUUUUUACACUUAUUUUAACACAUUUCUUACUUUAGUGCAUGUGUUGGUUAAAUGGACUUGUUGAGUGGAUGUACACUGUGGUGCAGCUUACGAUGUGCUGCUGGUUUUUAAUCAGUCACUGGUUUCCGGUUAAUGUGAAAAACAUGAAGGUGUGUUUACAGUAAGAGGUGGAGUACCACUUUAUGGAGCACCUCGCUUUGUUCAUUUACUGUCUUGAUAAUAUUGAAGUGCAAACACAUGCCAUAUAUUUGUGUUUCUUGCAGAUACUGACUUCAUGUAAACAAAGUCUCCAGGUUUUCGUCGUUUUCUAAACAGCCGUGGAGUUCUCCAGCUGAGAGAGACGUAACAUAAAUGAAUUCAAGCCUUUAUUCCUGACUAUGAAUUUAUGUGUUAUCUUGUGCUAGUUAAUACAACUUUAAAGUGUUAUGGAAGUUGUUGUUAUAUCUCUGUGUCAUUAUGUAUUCAUGGCUUUUUGGUAAGAUGAGCAAACUCUUUCAGCCCCUAGCGAACAUGAUGACACUUAAAUAUUUGUGCUGCCACUUCUAAGGUACCUGUAAAAAGUCUGUAUAAAUGUGAAUGAGUUGAAUGAGA